UCGCAGCUACUUCCUGUAUCACUUCCUGUUGUUAAAGCGCCGCUGCCGCAUCUGCUUCUGUUGCUGUUGGACUGAAAGCAUGGCGACCGCCGGAGCAGCUGGGGAGGACCUAAAGAAGGAGCUGACUUGUGCCAUCUGUUUGGACCUUUUCAAGGAGCCAGUCUUUUUAAAAUGUGGCCACAGUUUCUGUCGUUUUUGUAUUUGUCUCCACUGGGAUGAAAAUGGCGGGGAGUACGGCUAUCAGUGUCCCCAGUGCCGAACGGUGUUCAACAAGAAAACCUUCACCAAAAACUUUAUGGCCCAGAACCUGGUUGACAGGAUGGAUGAUCUGGGGUAUCUGGCUCCAACCUCCCCCAAGCCUGUGAAAGUGUAUGGGAAGUGCCAACAACAUGGAGAAGAGCUGAAACUCUACUGUCAGACUGAUAACAGGCUCAUCUGUGUGGUGUGUCGUGAGUCCAGGUCACACAGACACCACGAGGUGGCGCCAGCAUCAGAAGUUAUAAAUGAUAUGAAGAUGGAGUUGAAGCUGAGACUAAAGGAACUCAACUGGCAGAAGUCUGAAUGUGACAACGUUAAAGCAGCUGAUGAGUGCACCAAAAAUGAACUGAGGGAAAAGAAACAGAGACUGAAGGAGAAGAUCGAGGCCGACGUCGGCGCUCUGGUCCAGUUCUUGUUUGACGAGAGGGACUCUCUGCUGGAGAGCCUGGAGGCGGAGGAAGCUUCAACCUUGGCCGUCCUCGAGCACAACCUGCAGACGGUGGAGGCAGAGGAGGCGUAUGUGGACAAACGUUUAGCUGACAUUCACAGUCAUCUUAGUGACGAGACCAGCUUUGAUAGCCUUUACGCCUCCUACAAAAAAGAACUCGACUUGACUUCCCUGGAACCGAUGCCUUGUCAGACCGAUUUUACAAACUUCUCAGGUCCUUUCCAGCUCAUCAUGUGGAAGAAGAUGAUGCACGUGCUGCACACCAUGCCUCAGAACCUGACGCUGGACCCGUCCACAGCUCACCCGUACUUGGACAUCUCUGACUUCGACACCAAAGUGGAGGAGAGCUGCGUCCGUCGCAACGAGGCUGACAUGCCCGAGUGCUUCACGCGCUUCUGCGGCGUCCUGGGCAUCGCCAAGUACUCCAGCGGUCAACACUACUGGGAGGUGGACGUGAGGGACAAAGCCGUGUGGUACCUGGGGGUCACCACCGUCAGCAGCAACAGGAAAGGCUACGUCAGCCUGGCCCCAUCCGCAGGAUACUGGAGCAUCUGCCUGCAGGACCGCCUCUACGCCAACACGGAGGAUGGCCGUGUCCCCGUGGCAGACUACUGGACCUCACCCAGGGUGGGCGUGUAUCUGGACUAUGACAACGGGCUUCUGAGUUUCUACGACGCCGUCACCAUGAAGAGACUUUACAUGUUUGACACGUGCUUCGAGGAGCCGGUGUCUCCGUUCUUUAGCCCAGGGAAAUACGAUCCCGGGAGCAGACUGCAGAUCUGCCACUAUUACUGAGCGGAAGAUGAAGUCCUGAGGAUUUUUUUUUUCUUUUUUUAAUGUGCGAGUCGGUCACGUCUAUCAGUCUUUAUUAACGUUGGCUUCGUGCUCCUCGGAUUCCAGGUCUCAUCUGCUGUGAAUAGUCAGGCCUCAGAUUCCCUCGCUGGUUAGAGAAUGUUCCGCUCCGAUUCUCUUAGCAGCUCCUGUUAUAAGCUAACACUUUUUUUGUGUGUCAGAUCUUUCCAUUUCAGGUGCCACAGCUACAGAUUUUUAGUCUUUUGGUAGCGAUUCAGGGUUUUUAUUCCAGUUUUGUUUUAAGCCUUUGUACCUUGCAGCUUUAUGGGCUGAGGUUUUCUGGAUUUAUACAUUAAUAUAGAUGGUGACCAUGAAUUCCUUUAAAAAAAAAAAGAAGAAAUUUCUUAAGAUGAAAUGUGCAAAAGCUUAAAAUUAUGAUUCCAUUUAAAUUCUGAUUCUUGGAUGUUUAAAUAUUUAAGACAGGACUGCAACUACUAGUCAAUUAAUUGAUUCAUUUUUUUUUUAAUAAUUGACCCAUUUUAAUGAUUAUCCUCUGCUCUCCAUUAUGGAGACUUUGUUUUUGCCUACUGAUUUGAAUUUUCCACAUUUUAUUUACAUUUUGACCAAUUAAACCGGACUAAAAUUCAGUUUAACUCAAAUUUCUGAUACAAAUGAAUUUGGCUCUAAUUGAUUGGACAUUUCUUAUAGUGAUUCUUGUAGUCAUUUUUUACAGUGAUUUUUUUUUUUUAAUCAGUAUUUUGCUAAGUCUACCUUUGUGUUACUGUGAAAAUGCAUUUGACUCCUACGUCCACUCCAGACUGUCCAAUUUGACUUCGUCUAACUCUUUUUUACCCCGUUUUAACCUGCAGGAGUCACAGCGUUUAAAAUUGUUCAUUGUACACUGUUUAAAAAUAUAUUUAUAUGAUUGAAGUCUUUAAGCUGUCGGCUGGACAGACAGCGAUGCCUGUGGUUCAUCGUCAUCCUCGUCUCAUCUGUCCCUGGCUUUGAAGUAAGCUAACAAUUAGCAACUUUUCUGUUGUGCACAUUUUACUGCUAAUAUAUAUAUUUUUUUUGCAUUGAUGUGUUUUUGCCAAGUUUUUACAUUUAAGAAAAUCUUAAAUUCUUUGAUUGCCUUAAUGAAUCUGUCAUGUAUUUACAGCCAAACCUGUGCCACGGUCCCAGGUUGAUCACCCUUGUUGACGUCAGAUCUACUGAAGAUUUAAUUUUUUUUUAUUGGUAACAAACAUUUAUAUGAAGAAGUGGAGUGAUGGCCAUGUUUUCCAAUUGGUUUUACAUUUUUACCUCAACAUCACAUGUAAAUCCCUGAACAAUAAGGUACAAAACCUAAACCUAGCCAAAACUUAGACAAACGUCGUUUUUUUUUAAAGUGGAGUUCAGGUUGUAAUGUUUCAUCUCCAUUAUUUCAGUGACAAGUUACCAAUUAUUUUUUAAGAUGUAAAAAAAGACGAUGGAACUAUUUCCACCUUACUGCUGACAAUUGGCUUCAUAUUAAAUGUGUUGUCCAAGACAC